ACAGCAGGUCAGGCAGUUUGUCUGCCAGCCACUGGUAGGAAAUGCAAAUAAGGCCAGCGAGAUCUGCUUCACAUUCUCACUGUGUCACAGGCGUUCAAUCUUUAAAACCAUUUGCAUCUGAGGACUGACACAAAUACAUUUCCUCAUGACCUCAGACAAGACCCAAAAAGAAUGACAAUGAGCUUCUUUGGAAAACGGAAGAACCUACACAGCGGACCUCCAGCUCCUCCCAGAAGGACAGAUAACAAUGCAGGGUUUGAAUGGCCACAAGAUGAGUUUGAUGAUGAAGAGAGCGACAUGUAUGAAGUGCCUCCAUGUGAGCGUACACCUGUAAAAGUUCCACAGAGACAAGUGCAGGAGAACAUUUAUCUGGAGAGGACGUCUAGUCCUGCUGUUCCACAGAGGCAGGCUGCUCCUCCACCACCCCGACCAAGCAAACCUUUGAAACCUCAACAGCGUGAGGAGUUCCACCAUGACAACAACAUCAAAAAACCACCUGAGAUAGACAGAAAUGAUAAGCCUGGGAGGAAGAAGAUGCCCCCUCCUGCAGUCCGCCCUUGUCCGAUCCCUGCAUCCAUCGAGGAAGAUGUAUAUUUGGAUCCAAAUGAAGAGCAGGAAGAUAAUGAUGAUCUGUACUUAGAACCAGAAGCAGCUUGUUCAGGCCCACGUGGGUCAAGGAUGCCUCCAUCUCCCGUGACAGCACCUGCUUCCCUAAGCAUGAUGAAGCCUCCAGUCCCCAGAGCUAAGUCUAAUUCAUUGUUUCCUCCCAUGAAUGAGAUAAAAACAGCUCUUUCAGUUGAAGAGAGACAUAUGACUUUUCCCACCAAACUCCCCCCGCCAACUGCUUUGAAGCCUCCUCUCCCAGUAAACCGCAAAGAAGCCAAACCCAAUCCUCCAAAUCCUUCUGUGGCAGAUAAGUUUGUGGGUGGAAUGAGGAUGGCCAAACAACCAGGGAAUGAGGACAAAGAGUGGUUUGCUGGAUACUGUGACAGAAAGACGGCUGAGGAUCUCUUAGAGAAAGUCAACAAGGAUGGUGCCUUUCUUAUCCGGCACAGUUCUGCCCAAAGCACCCGCCAGCCAUACACCCUUGCUGUGCUCUACCAACAGAAGGUGUACAAUAUCCCUAUCCGCUUCAUGGAGACACAGGGCUACGCCCUAGGAAAGGAGGGCAAGAGCAAUGAAGAGAUUUUCAGCAGUCUCGACGACAUGAUUUCUUACCACAAGAAUAACCAACUGCUUUUGAUUGACAGCAGGAGCCAGGCCAAGCACACAGCGCACUUAACUCACCCUGUACGCCCUUAAAACUAUAUGGACACACUAUGUUGAGUUUACAUUACUUAUAAUGUUAAAGGCAAAAACUAAAAGUUUCUGUCAGGGAAAUACUGUGGACUUGCUGUGUGUCUUUCACAGAGGUGCAAUCCCUCCUCUAUGAAACCCAUCAUUGUGAAAAUAGAGACCAUAGAAAUAAUUUAUGGAACACAGCUUCUGUGUGACAUGCCAGCAUCAUAACAUAAAAAGCUUGGACAUCAACUGGAGUUUGUUGAAAUCAUUCUCUUUUGAGCUGUUUCAUCAUUUUAAUAAAUAUUGUGCAAGUUAAUGUUUCUCUUGUAAAAUGGACAUGAUGUCACUGUGUUUUUGUAAUAGUAAUGUAGUCAGUUCAGCCUUUAAUGAAACAAUGAGGUUUGCUCUGUCAGAUCAAUGAGUUUCAAUGAUUUCUGUAGACACAAACAUCACAUUUCUGCUUAUAUGGCAGCCAUCUCUCAUGAGAGCUUCCCAGUCUGUAGCUAAUCUAUCACUUCUACCUUUCUCUUUAUUUGAAUUGUAUUGUAAUCCACCACAAAUAAACAUAUGUAUGAAUCACUCAUUUAUUUUAAAUACAAAUAUGUAUCCUCCCCACAGUACCUUUAGAUGAUUUUGAAUAUUAACAUUGAACUUUAGGUUUUUAGUGUGUUGCUGUAAAGAAAAAAAAAGCAGACCAGACUGGAGACUUUACAUUUGAAUUAAACAGUUUUGAUUUAAUUUCCUUUGCAAAAGUU